ACCCUUUUAAGUUUUAACGUGCACCCCAUCAUUUAUCAUCCAUUUGAGCCUUAACCUAUAUUCACCUCUCUCACCCCUUCGUUUCAGUGCACAGUUGCUUCAAUCGUAAUUGUCGAAUACUCUUUUACUUCGAUCAACCAUGGCUGACCGCACCUCCGUCACUCCCCUCCACAUCUCUGCCGCACCUCCCUUUCCGAUCCCCAAAGAUUUCCAUGGCCCUGACAAUCCGAUUCCACUUUCACCACAGUGGCUUCUUCCAAAGCUAGGGGAGAGUAAAUCUGCAAUAGGAACUGUGGAAAACCCUGUGAUCUCAACUCCACCAAAUGGCAAUCGCUCAGAGACUUUUAAGACAUCUGGAAAUGGAGAGGAUGUGAAUGAUGGCCAUAAGAAAAAGGAUGUCUUUCGACCAUCCAUGUUUGACUCUGAAAGUGGACGCCGUGACCAUUGGCGUGAUGAAGAGAGAGAUACUAAGUCCUCCAUACACAAGGAUCGCUGGAGGAGUGGAGACAAAGACCCCAGUGACACUAGGAGAAUGGAUCGAAGGACUGAAAAUUUAUCCACGAGGCACUUUGGAGAAGCACGCCGUGGCACAUCUGAUAGAUGGAAUGAUUCAGGCAAUAGAGAAACAAACUUUGAACAGCGACGUGAGAGUAAGUGGAACACACGCUGGGGUCCUGGUGAUAAGGAGCCAGAAGGUCUUCGUGAAAAAUGGAGUGACUCUGGUAAAGAUGGUGAUCUGCAUGUGGAGAAAGGUUUGUCUAACAUUUUUAAUCUUGUUAAGGAUGAAAAGGAAGGAGAUCAUUAUCAGCCAUGGAGACCUAACUCCUCACAAAGCCGUGGAAGGGUAGAGCCUACCCAUCACCCGAAUGUGACACCAAACAAACAAGCGUCUGCGUUUUCAUAUGGGUGGGGCCGUGGGGAAGAUACACCUCCAGUCAUUUCUUUUGGACGUGCUCGUCUUGGCUCUGGUGGUAACUCUAUUAAUGGCACAUAUAUGCAUUCUCAAUCUGGGAUUUUAGUGGAUAAAGUUGAAUUUGAGCAUGGAGAAGCUCAUCACUUUAGAUAUAGCAGGACAAAUUUGCUUGAUGUGUACAGAGUCGCAGAUAAGCAAACAAAUAGAAAACUAGUGGAAUUUGUGCAGGUGCCUUCUAUUACACAGGAUGAACCAUUGGAACCUCUUGCUCUUUGUGCACCAAAUUCUGAGGAACUGUCUGUAUUAAAGGAUAUUGACAAAGGGGAAAUAAUUAGUAGCGGUGCACCUCAGGUGCCAAAAGAUGGACGGAACCCAACAGAAUUUAUGCAUUCAAGACGAACGAAUCUUGUAAAUGCACAUUUCCAAGAUAGAGCUGAAGAUACUGGUUCUUACAAAAUGGCUGCUGUGGUUCCUAGAAAUAAAGAAUCAACCUAUGAAGAAAGUAAUUCUGUUCAUCUUAGUGCUACAUGGCAUGGCACUCCUCUUGGUGAACAUGCAGGCACACUCAUGCAUGAUAGCAGAGACAUCUCUGGUGAUAUUAAAUCAAGAAACUCAGAAAUGAGCCGGUCACACCAGCCAAAAGAUACUCAUGUGGCUAAGUGGAAAUCUAAUGGGGAUCCCAUUAAGAGGCAGUUAUCUGGCAUUUUGGACAGUGAAUUUGAAUCCAGGAGAGUUCAACAGACUUGUCCAGAGGAGUUAUCACUCUUCUAUAAAGAUCCUCAGGGUCGCGUUCAGGGUCCAUUUAAAGGAAUAGAUAUUAUUAGUUGGUUUGAGGCUGGAUACUUUGGCAUAGAUUUGCCUGUUCGCCUGGAAAAUCCAGCAUCUGACUCGCCAUGGCUACAACUUGGUGAUGCCAUGCCCCAUUUACGAGCUAAGGCCGGACCCCCACCUGGAUUUCCUGCUGCAAAACUUGACACUACAGAGGCAUCUGGGCAGCAAAAUUCCAGUACCUUUGGGAACAUGCAUACUGGUUUAAGUGAGGUUGAGAUGCUGAGAAAUGAUUCUAUGCAUAGGAGUUCUACUACAGAAGCUGAAAAUAGGUUUUUGGAAUCACUGAUGUCUGGUGGCAAGAGCAGUUCCCCACUUGAUAGUCUCACCCUACCAGAAGGUUUACAAGGGUUUCUUGGUAAUAAUUCUGUUAAUUUGGGCCCAUCAGUGGAUAGUGGGAACCUUUACUUGCUGGCCAAGAGGAUGGCACUUGAACGACAGAGAUCCGUACCCAAUCCUUAUAUGUCCUGGCCAGGGAGGGAUGCAGCAUCACUUCCACCAAAAUCAGACAUUUUUCCAGAUGCAUCACCACAUUCAAAUAUCUUGUCUGACAAUUCUUGUCAGCUUCAGUCCCAAAAUUCUGAAUUGAUAUCAAUAAUCCAAGGAUUAUCUGAUAGAUCAACCACAGGCUUAAAUAAUGGCAUUGCUGGUUGGCCAAAUUUUCCUUUGCAUGGUGGAUUGGAUCCUAUUCAGAAUAAGAUUAACUUGCAUCAUGAUCAAAAUUAUGUUCAAAUGCCAUUUGGAAUUCAACAACAAAGGUUGCAAACACCAAAUCAAUUGUCCUUAAAUAACUUAAUUGCUCAAACUUCGGAUAUUCCAUCUAGUAUUUUGACAGCAGAGAAGUUGCUUUCUUCUGGUUUAUCACCAGAUCCCCAAAUGUUGAAUAUGUUGCAGCAGCAACACUUGCUACAGUUGCAUUCUCAGGCAGCUGCUCCUUCACAGCCAAUGCCUUUGUUAGAUAAAAUUUUAUUGCUGAAGCAGCAACAGCAUCAGGAGGAGCAACAGCUGUUAUUGCGUCAACAACAGCAACUGCUUUCUCAAGUACUGCAGGAGCAUCAGUCUCACCAGCACUUUGGUGAUUUAUCGUAUAAACAGUUGCAGGGAGGUGGAAUACCUCUGGGGAAUUUGCAUGUGGGUCUUUCUCAAAUUCAACCACCUAAAGAGAUUUUUCCCAUGAUGCAUGAUGAGCUUACUACUAAUUCUUUGGAUUUACCGCUGAGUGUUAGCCAGGACACUAGCUAUAAUAUAAGCAGUGAAUCUUCUGCCCAGCUGCCUGACCAAUUAUUUGAGAAUAUAAGUCAUCAAAACAGCUGGGGUGCUACACAUCCUGAGCAAAUUAAUUACAAGUCCCAGAAGGAAACAUUGCCUGUAUCAGCUUCUGUUGAAGGUUCCCCAUUGCAUGAACUGAACAGAGCCAAAGAGGAACCUGACAUUGCCCAGAAUCCUCUAUCCUUUUCUGACUAUACUGCUAAAUCCAUCAAGCAGAUGCCAGACAGUACUUGUGCUGUUGAUGUGCAUGUGAGUGCAACUUCCGAGUCUGGUCAGAAAUCUCAUCCUGAACAGUGUGUUGCACCAGUUGCUGUGUCAGCAGGUGGAUCUUAUGGUCCUGGGUUACCACUAGGUAGUCAAUUGAGUAAAGAUGUGGAGAUUAAACCAGAUAGUCUUGAAGAGCAGCAGGGUGGGCAAGACAGCUCAAAUAUUGAGUCCUCUGUGGCAGAUGUAAGAAGUGUUGAAGCACCUGAACCCAAAAAACCUACUGAGAAGAAAUCUAAGAAGCAAAAACCUUCUAAAUCUCAGUCUUCUGAUCAGGCAAAGGGACUGCUAAAAAAUGUGACUUUGCAGCAGUCCAAGAAGUCAGAAACUGAGAAGCCGAAUCAUAGUGAAAGAAAUUUGGGAGAAGGCAACAAGGGUGAACCAGUUCAUGAAACAUAUCUUCAACAAACAAGGGGUAAGGGUAAACAAUCUGCAAUUGUUACUGCAGAAAUUGAUGAUCAUCAAGAAGUGAGUGGUCGCUCUACUAAUAUUCCAGGAAACAUCACUGAAACAGUUGUUGAGAAUGAGUUGAAGGCAGUCAGUUCUGUUGCCACACAGAAUACUGAAUUACCUUCAGGGAGAGCUUGGAAACCUGCUCUAGGUUUCAAGGCAAAAUCUCUCUUAGAAAUUCAACUGGAAGAACAAAAAAAGGCACAGACCGAAAUGCUUGUAUCUGAGGUUGCUACUAAUCCUGUCAAUUCCAUGAGCUCAACAUCUCCCUGGGUUGGAGUUGUGGCCAAUCCAGACUCUAUGAAGGUAUCUAGUGAUAGGCGCAGAGAAGCAGAUAAUACUGAAUAUCUGGCUAAAUCUCAAAAUAGUAAAAGCAAGAAAAGCCCAUUGCAUGAUCUAUUGGCAGAAGAUGUACCAAAAUCUAGUGAACGAGAUGAUAAGGUUCCAGUUAGUAUGCUCCCCUCACAAAAUAUAGCUGUUCAUUCAGAACCACUAGAUGAUGGAAACUUUAUUGAAGCUAAAGACACUAAAAGAAACCGGAAAAAAUCUACAAAGUCAAAGGGUUCAGGAGCUAAGGUCUCGAUGUCAGUUGCUUCUAGUGAAGUGCCCACAAGUCACAUUGAAAAGGGAAAAAGCUCCCGCUCUAUUCAGCAGGAUAAGGAACUACUGCCUGCCAUCCCUUCAGGACCCUCUCUGGGAGAUUUUGUUCUUUGGAAAGGAGAGCCAACAAGCCCAUCUCCUCCUCCAGCAUGGACUACUGAUUCCGGUAGGAUUCCAAAACCUACAUCCUUAAGAGACAUUCUAAAGGAAGAGGAAAAGAAGUAUGUUCUCCCACACCAACUGCCUACACCUCAUAAAUCACAGCCUGCCCAACCUGCACGGAGUAGUGGUUCUUUACGGUCAAUUACAGCUUCAUCUCCAUCAAAGACUGUGCCUUCUGGCCAGAUGAACUCCCAAGCUUCUCUGUCAACAUACAGAGUGGAUGAUGAAUUGUUUUGGGGUCCAGUUGAGCAAUCUAAGCAAGAAAAUAAGCACAGGUCAGAUUUUCCUCAGGUUGCUAGUCAGGGAAGCUUGGGUUCUAAAAGUGUUUCCAUGAAAGGUAAUUCACCUGGAUCAUUGAGUCGACAAAAAUCUGGGAGUGGCAAACCAAUUGAGCGGUCUUUAUCAUCAUCACCUGCCUCUUCUCAAUCUCUGCUAAAACAGGAAAAAGAUGCAAUGACCAGGAAUUCCGAAGCCAUGGACUUUAGAGUUUGGUGCGAGAAUGAAUGCGUUAGGCUUAUUGGGACCAAAGAUACAAGUUUCCUUGAGUUUUGCUUGAAGCAGUCCAGAUCUGAAGCAGAGAUGUAUCUCGUAGAAAACCUGGGAUCAUAUGACCCUGAUCAUGAAUUCAUUGAUAAAUUCCUCAAUUACAUGGACUUACUAUCAUCAGAUGUUUUGGAUAUAGCUUUUCAAACCGUGAAUGAUCAGAAAGUUGCUGGAGGCAUGAUAUACGGAAAUACAGAUGUACAGGAUCUAGGUUACUAUGAUGGAUCCUUCCCAAAAGUUGGAAAGAAGAAAGGUAAGAAAGGAAAAAAGGUUAGCUCUUCAGUUUUGGGAUUCAAUGUCGUGAGCAACCGGAUAAUGAUGGGUGAGAUCCAGACUGUAGAAGACUAAUAUUAACACAGGUUAUUGCGGAACGUGUAAAUAUGUUUUAGCCAUACUUUGUAUUUUUGUAAAUAAUUUUUUGUUUUUUUUUUCUUGGCUUAACAGUAGCAGCAUCAAUUGGAUCUGCUCAAGCAAUUUUGUCGUCAUAGUGUAGAAAAUUUUUGACGUUUGAUCACGCUGACAAAUUUGUAAUCUCAUGUCAGCUUUAACCUGAUUCAAUUAAUUUUCUUUUUAUUAU